CUCAUCAGCCCUGAUCAGCCCUGAUCAGCCCUGAUCAGUCGUGAUCAGGUGUGACCAGGUGUGACCAGGAUUCGUGGUUCAGGAGGGCAUCGACUGCCACUCCCUGUUACUAUUAUUGCCAUUGCGCGUACGGAGUCGACGAGGUGAUCCGGUUCAGUCCUCAACAUCUAUGCUGUCCCUGGUCUUUCUUAUUUCUGGUUGUGCAAAAGGUCACCCAGCACUUCCCCCUCACUGCUUGUUUGCAAUUAAGUGCUCCUUCGAUUACUUUUUCUCUUUCUGAUCAACUACCAUGGAGUCCGAACGCAACGGGACAAGUAUGGACAAGAACCCUUACAGCGAACAGACUGUCUACGGAGGCGGAUACUUUCCAGACGAACUUCCAUCACGCCCUGCCCCUUCACCGGCAGCUGCUAGAUGGACCAAGCUGCGUGGAUUCUUCACCUUCUCGCCGCGCUCCUACAACUUCAUCCACACGCCGGAUGGGCAAGCGCGGGUUCGGCGUAUUGCCAUGCUUGUUAUUCUUGGGCUCCGCAGCGCCAUGUCGGCGUUGAGCAUUGUUUCGGCAGUUAUCAACGGCAGCCUCGCCGGAAUCAUCAUCUACAGUCUUCUAGCGGUCUUGAGCUUGUGGUUCACGGCCACUUGCCUGGCAAUUAUUGGGAACGCCGCUGGAGAUCGAAACUAUUCUGGAAAAGUCAUUAAACGCUGGCAUUUCGACGUCUUCUUGGGAUUCUGUGUGGUUGUCCAUGCAGGACUCAUCAUCGCUUGGUGCUUCGGACUUACGGGCUGGGCCUUGGAGGUAGCUGGAAUUGGAAUGUGGUUCGCCAUCCUCGGAGUUGCUUUCCUGGCGGGAUGGCAGCCAAAAUCCUACUCAUUGGUAUGGGUUACUUGAACGGGAUCCCUCUCUGGCGAUGUCGUCUCGACCAUGCAGCAGCGCUCCAACUCGCCGGUACCACGCCGUGUCGACACCACUCGGAGCCCUGGUGUCGGCGUCGUCCGCUCGGCUCUCGCGUACUCUCUCGUACAACGUUCAUCGUGCGGCUCCCAGGUGCUAGCUAUAGUGCCGGCAUUAGAAGCUAUAGCUCCAGUACGAGGUAGAGUAAAUUGAGAUCAUUGGGGCCGAUGCUUAUAGGACGUAGCGU